AAACCCUUCCCCUUUCUCACUCUAGGGUUUAACAUCUCUCUCUCUCUCUCUACGAUCCAAGGGCUGCAGGUUGCAGCGAUGGCUUUGUUUAGAAAAGCUGCGAGUCUUUUGGGGAGGACCGUGGGCAGCCGAGUGAGUCGGGAAACAUCAGUGUCCAACCCCUCGAUUUUUCAAGCAAUAAGAUGCAUGUCAAGUUCAAAGGUUUUUGUAGGAGGACUUUCUUACCAGACAGAUGAAAACAGUCUUAGAGAGGCUUUUGACAAGUAUGGACAAGUUGUGGAAGCACGGGUGAUUCUUGACCGUGAAACUCAGAGAUCCAGAGGAUUCGGGUUUGUUACGUUUGCUACUGCUGAGGAGGCAUCAGCUGCCAUUCAGGCUCUGGAUCAGCAGGAACUCCAUGGUCGUCAAGUGAAGGUCAACUAUGCAAAUGAUAGGCCACGAGGCUUCGGUGGUGGAGGUUUUGGAGGUGGUGGCGGUGGCUAUGGUGGAGGCGGCGGUGGUUAUGGUGGUGGAGGCUACAGUGGAGGUGGUGGCGGUUAUGGUGGUGGCGGCUACAAUGGAGGUGGCGGCGGCUAUGGUGGAGCUGGUGGCGGUUAUGGUGGUGGAGGCUAUCCUGCAGCUGGAGAGAGCCAAACCAGUGGUGAUGCUCAGGGAUACGGUGGCGAUUCUGGUAGCUAUGCCUCAGGCGCAGCGGAUAGUGGAAGCUACAGAGACUACGAUGCCCCGGAAAAUUUUGCUGAUAAACGGGGUUGAUAUAGCGAUCCCCUCUAAUUGGUUCGAGCAAGAAUGGAAGCUGCAAGAGAUAUUAUUCACUGAUAUAUGAAAUUAUCUGAUUGUGUAAUCUUCCAGAAUUCCUAGAACUUUUCUUGUUAUGUUUCAAUUUUUUGUCUGGUCACGUUUAGUUUAUAUUAUUAGGUUUUUUAGUAUUAAGCUUUUGGAUCUAUAUUUGGUGUUUGAAAUAACGACAUUAUUCAUCCAAAUGUUUUACUUUUAAGUUUUAA